AUUUUAGCCUAUGUUUUUGUUCUUGUUUUUCUAUCUCUCUCUCUUUGUCUCUCACAAUCAUUCUCCUCUCUCUCUUUCACUCUCUUCUGGGGUCAGAACCAAUCAUCAUCACGCUCUUGCUCUGCUUCUUCUUCCUUCUCACCAACGAUUCGAUUCCUGUUUCUUCUCCAAUCACAAACACUGCCACAACACACACACACACACACACACUCCAUUCUCCUAUUCACACUUUCGAUUGUAACAGUUUCUUUUCUCUGCAAUUUGUUGCAUACUCAUUUGGUUUUAGGCGCUCAGGGACCAAGUUUCGUGUUGUGUCCCCAUUAGCCUCGCUCUUCCAUUCAACCAUUUAGGGUUUUCUCACUCUGUGACCCUAUUUUCAGCAGAACGGUGAUGCAAUGAAGCAGUCUUUUGAUCCUACAUCCUGGGGUCCUUCCAGGAUUCCAUCUAUAAAUGUACCUGGAAAACCAGGGCGUGGUCCAUGGGGGGUUUUAUCUGGAUCUGAUUCAUACCAUGCCUCAUCUGAUGCCAGCCUAUUUUCUAGCUCAUUACCUGUUCUUCCACAUGAAAAAUUGAACUUAAAUGACACUGAAAAUAAUUAUCAAUCUGUUGAUGACAUCUCAUCCGGCUUUAAAAAGCUCCAUCAAGAUGUAGCGGUUAAUGAUUCCCUUGAAAAUGGUGAUAAUGAUGCAAUCGGAACCAUGCUUCCUGAUGAUGAGGAGGAGCUUUUAGCUGGCAUAAUGGAUGAUUUUAAUCUAAGUGAUUUGCCUGGUUCCCUCGAGGACUUGGAAGAGUAUGACUUUUUUGGUAGUGGUGGAGGUAUGGAACUAGAAACUGAUCCCCAGGAAACUCUCAGUGUCGGUAUGUCAAAUUUAAGCUUCUCUGAUAGUUCUCUUGGCAAUGGUUUGCCCAAUUAUUCUAUCCCUAAUGGUGUGGGAAUUGUUGCUGGAGAACAUCCAUAUGGAGAGCAUCCUUCUCGAACCUUAUUUGUUCGAAAUAUUAACAGUAAUGUUGAGGAUUCGGAGCUAAAGGCCCUUUUUGAGCAAUAUGGUGAUAUUAGAACCCUGUAUACUGCAUGUAAGCACCGGGGGUUUGUAAUGAUAUCGUACUAUGACAUCCGUGCUGCUCGAACAGCUAUGCGCUCAUUACAAAACAAGCCUCUACGGCGCAGGAAACUUGACAUUCACUUUUCAAUACCAAAGGAUAAUCCAUCUGACAAGGAUGUCAACCAAGGAACCUUGGUAGUUUUCAACUUGGAUCCAUCUGUUUCAAAUGAAGACCUCCGUCAAAUAUUUGGGGCUUAUGGAGAGGUCAAAGAGAUAAGGGAAACUCCUCACAAGAGGCAUCAUAAAUUUAUUGAAUAUUAUGAUGUCAGAGCUGCAGAAGCAGCACUUAAAUCAUUAAAUAGAAGUGAUAUAGCUGGUAAACGCAUAAAGCUUGAACCUAGUCGGCCUGGAGGAGCUCGUCGAAAUUUGAUGACCCAACUAAAUCAAGAUCCUGACCAAGAUGAAACUCGGAGUUUCCGGUACCCAGUGGGUUCACCAAUAGCCAGCUCUCCACCAGGUAAUUGGUUCAACAGUCCUGUUGAGCAGAAUUCAAUGCCAACUAUCAAUCAUUCUCCUGGUUCGAGGAUUAUGAGCCCAACAGCAGGCAAUCAUUUACGAGGAUUAGCUUCGAUUUUGCAACCACAAGUAUCGAACACUGUGAAGGCUCCAACUAAGGACAUAGGAAGGAAUGUUCAUGGAGCUACUUUUCAGUCGCAUUCACUUCCAGAGCCAAAAUUCAGCCAAUAUCAUGGAGCUUUGCCCACUUUUGGUCCAUCAACAUCAAAUGGAUCUUCAAUCGAAACCUUGUCUGGGCCACAGUUUCUAUGGGGAAGUCCAAGCCUCCACUCAGAGCAAUCCAAACCAACAGCUUGGUCAAGACCAUCCGUGGGGCAUCCAUUUACAUCGAAUGGAAAGAGCCAUGCCUUCCCAUUCUCAAGUCAGAAUAGUUCAUUUGUCAGUUCGUCCCAACCUCAUCACCACCAUCAUGUUGGUUCUGCUCCAUCAGGUUUGCCUUUUGAGAGGCACUUUGGUUUUCUUCCCGAGUCACCUGAAACUUCAUUUGUGAGUAAUGUUGGUUAUGGAGGCAUGAGUCUGGGGCACAAUGAUGGAAACUACUUAGUUAAUGUGAGCGGGUCUGUUAAUGCUGGCAUUUCUAUACCAAGAACUGUGUGUGACAGUGGUUCAUCGAACUUCAGAAUAAGAUCUUCUCCUAGGCUUAGCCCUGUAUUUUUGGGCAAUGGUCCGUAUCCAGGAUUGUCACUUACUCCCAUGGAGAGUUUGGCUGACCGUGCUAGGAGUAGAUGGAUAGAGAACAGUGGAAGCCAAGUUGACAGCAAGAAGCAGUUUCAGCUUGACUUGGAUAAGAUUAAAUGCGGUGAAGAUACAAGGACUACAUUAAUGAUAAAGAAUAUCCCAAAUAAAUAUACCUCCAAAAUGUUAUUAGCUGCCAUUGACGAAAACCACAAGGGUACCUAUGAUUUCCUCUAUCUGCCAAUUGACUUUAAGAAUAAAUGCAAUGUGGGUUAUGCAUUUAUCAACAUGCUGUCACCCUUGCUUAUUAUUCCAUUCUAUGAGACAUUCAAUGGGAAGAAAUGGGAGAAGUUUAAUAGUGAAAAAGUCGCAUCUUUGGCAUAUGCUCGAAUCCAAGGAAAGUCUGCCCUUGUGAACCACUUCCAAAAUUCAAGUUUGAUGAAUGAAGAUAAGCGUUGCCGCCCUAUUCUGUUCCAUUCAGAGGGUUCUGAAACUGGUGAUCAGUUCAUACAAGAGCAUCUACCUUCCAUCUCCAACAAUCUAAAUAUUCAGGCAGCUAGGCUGAGCGAGUUACAUUCAAGUUUUACUCCUGGAAGCCCUCCAAAGGAUGGUCCUCCUGUGAGUUUGGGUACAAAUUAACAUUAUAUCAGAUGCAGAGUUUCCAAGACCAAAUCAGUUGCUGUUGGGAUCUCUGGUGCUGCAUAUAUUUAGGAAGGAUAAGAGGAUGUAGAUUUUGUACCAUAGUUACUCAUGGAAUUAUUUUGCCAGCAAGCUUCAGAAGCUUUGAAGCAUUUUGAUUGAUUUGCUGCAGAGGUAGGUAGCUAAUCUGAUGAUGUACACAAGGUGGGAGGAGCACAGGCUGAAGAGAUGAGCAAAUAGAGCCUCCUUCUAGGGAGGCUUUCUCUCCAGUAUUGCUCAUUUUUGUUGCUUUUUGGUGGAUUGUCAUUUUGAGGUUUAUGAAAAUGUUAAUAGGGUAAGAGUUAAGUUAGGUUUGAGAUUGACAGUUAAGUUAACAUUGGGUGCAAAAUUGUAUAGAGAGGAAAAAAAAAGAGACUUCUUUAUUUCUUCCUCUAAUGUAUCAGUACUGUUGACAAUGACGAUGAUGGACAAGUUGUUCUUUCUGUUUCCCUACAAGACAAAA